CGCGCGCGGGAAAUCUCAAAAAGCCCGCGAAUCUCUCACCUCGACGCACCUGUCUUCACGUCGCUGUUGUUGCUCCUCGUUCUUCCCGAUGUUGCGCUCUUGGUUCGUCGCUCUGAGGUCCUACCCGGCCGUCCUGGGUGUGCUGUUGGCGGCGGUGGCCCCUCUGGUGCUGUCGUCUGCUGCUCUAGCGAAAAAUUCCGUGAAGGUAAACGACAAACUUUUCAAGUCCUCAUCGCUCCUGAAGAUACUCUACCCAAAAGGGACUGGCGAGUCUCAGAUGCCUGAAUGCGAGCGCUGGUCAGUCUGUAGUCGAGUCGAUACGUAUUCUACGCCGUGGGUGGAACGUCUGUGCACGUGUCGUGGUGGUCAGAUGUGUUCUACAUCCCUUCAAGCAGAUGAUGGACACACCGUAGUGGACAGGACGAGACAAUACAAAGUUUGCGAAUCGGCGGACGCCCUUCCGAUAUGCCGUGUUUUCAAGGACAUUACGUGGACCAAUAUAAUCGGCACGGAUAAUAAAUUUCAACAGCGGAUGCACUGUAAAUGCCCCCACAAUACCACCACGUACAUCUUCGGACAAGAUGUCAAGAUGACGGCGCAAGGCUUGUUCUUCUAUUAUCACUUCUCCUGUUCUCCUGUGAUUAAAAUGCCAUGUGGUCGGAAGGAACCCUGCCGCCUAUUCUCAGUUCGCAAACGAUUUCCCGUAGAAGACGUGACAACUAGUUUUCUGUGCGAUUGUCCACCUAAGGCAACUUGCCCCACGCAUCACACAGAUCCUUACGUCGUGGAAGAUUAUGAUAGCCCACGUGAUGGUGCCAGGACGUAUAGUGGGUAUUGCAGAACGAUGGUAUUAUGAGAUACAGCUCUGAACUUUUAUAUUUUGUAAAUACUACUUGAAAAUUGUACAAAUGCAUAUCCAAGGAGGUCGAUACAUGACAUAGACAAUGCUGUUGUGUCGAAGCCUGUGCACAAAAUGCUGCUGAGAAACAUGUUUGAGAAGAAAACAUGACUUAGCAGUCAGUCCCGGUGUAGUCGAUGUAUUGUGAUCUCAUCCGAGUACCUGUAAAUGUGACUGUUUUUAGAUUUCAUACCAUUGAGCUCAAACCGCAGUUAUACAAAUGUAUUUAAAAGAUUGCUUAUGUCUCUUACAUAAUCCAUUAUUUUUGAGCCUGUGAAUUGAAAUCCUUCAGAUAAAUGCUAACCAUAUUUAAAGUUUUUGUUAUCUUUUGCAUUUUCAGUUAAACUUUAAAAGUUGUUACGACAAUAGAUUAUUGGUAAAUGGAUAAAUUACAAAUUCUAUUUGGCAAAUAGAUUAUUUGGGUAAAAUAUGAAAGUCGCAUUCUGGGUCUUAGAGUGUUUUGUCUCUUAAAAAACUCUUGACAAUUCAAGCUUGUUAAGUUAUGAUUAUUACUGAAAUUUUUAUUCUGAAACACUUUCAAGUCUUUUGAAGUUGAAAUAUGUUUUUUCUUUCUGUUUUGUUAGAAGUUUGAAAAAAAAAAAUUUCAUGAAAGUAAAGUAUUACCCAAAGAGCUAAAUUACUGUCAAAUAUUAUCGCGAAAUUGAUUACAAACCUUGUUACCUUUUUAUAAUCCAUACCUAGCAAACUUGAAAAUUUUUAAUGGCUUCAUGUAUGUGGAAUUUUUAUCUUGAAUCUUGAAGUUGUUGAAGUUAUACUGUUUUAUUCAUUUUCCAAAGCCAAACACUGAAGUUUUUUAUUUUCGAAAUAAAAAUCUCAAGUUAAGAAAUCCCGAAAGGUAAAACCAAAAUCAUUACUAUAAAACAUGACUAUGAAAUGGGUACAGCCUAGUCCAAUUUUAGAAAAUAUGAAGAAUUUGAGUAUCUAUAAGCUUGCUGAAAUCAAGCUAUGGUGAUAUUUUAUCUUGAAACUUCAAGUUUACUGAUGGUGAAAUUGGGCUAUGCUUGCUUUUUUAAUCUUGAAACUUCAAGUUUACUGAUGGUGAAAUUGGGCUAUGCUGCUUUUUUUUUAUCUAAAACUUCAAGUUUACUGAUAAUGAAAUUCGGCUAUGCUUUUUUUAUCUUGAAAUUUCAAUUUUACUGAUGGUGAAAUUGGGCUAUGCUACUUUUUUAUCUUGAAACUUGACAUAGUGAAACCAUUUACUGGGCUGUGCUGCUUUUUUAUCUUAAAACUUCAAGUUUACUGAUAGUGAAUUUGGCUAUGCUGCUUUUUUAUCUCGAAACUUCAAGUUUACUGAUAACGAAAUUGGGCUAUGCUGAUCUUUGUUCUUGAAACUUUAGGCUCAUUGAUGGUGAUUUCUUUUUGGAAAUUAAGGAAUUAAUAAAAGUUAAAGAAUUGAUGAUGAGAUUUUCAACAUAUCUGAAAGAGCAUAAAGGAAAAGAGUUCUUGGCAUUGCAUUCUUUUAUUAAAAUGUGUUUAAAGCUGUUAAUUUAUAUAUAAACUCAUAACAUUAUUAUAGUUUAGAUUAAUGCAAAUCAUCUGGAAUGAGUAUAAGAUAUUUAUCAUUUUGAAGAUAUUUCGUGUUCUGUACAGAACUAAACUAACAUUAGAAAAUAUUCGUAUAAAAUGCUAAAUGUGUUCUAUUUCUGUUAGUCUUAUAAGUCUUUUUAUAAAGCUUUCUCUUAGAAAAAAUCGUUUCCAUUCAUCGCUUUCAAUGUACGCUCUGAUUAUUCUUGUGAAAAACGUUUAUAUUUGUAGCUUCAUUAUUUUCAGUGAUUCUGGUCAAACUGGAUUAACUCACUGUAAUUAAUAAUCUGAUGCAUGUAAACUAAAUGACAAACUCCCGUACACAUUUCCUCUCCAGUUUUCUGUGUUCAUGAGUUUUUCUUCAAAAUGGUUUGAAGGUUUCAAGCGAACUGAAAUAUUUCAGCCGAUUAUACAACCAAGUUAACUUCCUGAUUAUUUUUGCCUGAAAGAUAUAAGGAAGUUAUGUCUCUUGAAAGUAUUUGAACACUUUCUGAAAUAUACAAGGUGAUUCGAACAAGAAGGCAAGGAGCAAUAUUCGUCAUAGAAUGUAUGGUCGGAAAGUAGUUACAGAGUAGUUUUCCACUGUCGUAUCUAAAAAAUUAACACAAGAAUGAGAGGAAAUACUUCAGAAAACGUUUUAUUAACAGAACGUGCUCAUAAAAAUUACUGAAUAGACCUUCCGACAACUAUAAUGAAGGCUUUAAGCCUGCAGGAUAGGGAUUGACGCACAUUUGCGAAGACACCAGGCAUUUCCCGAAUUCACCAGCAACAACGGCGAUCCUGGCGCCUAGAUAUGUAUUGUUUUCAAUGGGGCUCUCGUAGACUAAGCUUCUCAGAUGGCCCCGCAGAAAAAGUCCGCAAAAGAGAGAUCCGGUGAUCUUGGUGGCCAAGCUAUGGGACCACCUUGACCAAUCCAUGUUAUUCGUAUAACCAGCAAUCCUCUCGGCAAUCCACGAUAGAAAAUGCCCGUUGGAUGAGAGGACUGACCCUCUUUAUACUAUUCAUUUACUAUGCCACCGUUUGAGUCCCGAUCAUACAGUCUCUGACGAAUAUUACUCGUAUAGUUGCUUUCUAUCACCCCCUAACUGUCUGCCCUCUUGUUCAGAUUCACACUGUAUAUCCAUUGUUAUAUUAGCUCGUCAUACGUAUUUGCCAUUGAGGCAGUGGUGCAGUUCACCUUCCUUUAACAGAACAUUUUUAAACAUAUUUUAAUUUGGAGAACUGAAUCGAAUGUUAAAACUAAAAUUUUAAUAACUGUGUAGAAAUUCUCGCGGACCUCUAUCAUAUUUUGGUAGCUUAAUGCAACAUGGAGUGAAAUAUUCGAGAAAUAUAUCGCUGCAGUGAUUGUGAUUUAUCUGCAACUUAACGCGAAGAAAAAUUUGCCGUUUAACGUUGAACUCUUACAAAAAAUAGUAAGUUUUAGGCCCAAGUAUGUAUGUUUGUGAAUCCAGAAAUGCAUAUUAAAAUCUGUAAUGAGAGUAUUUUUGUGUAUUAAUAUAAUACUAAUAAUAUGACAGUACUAGUAAUUCUUUCCAUAACUCGCAUAUGUUCAUCAAUUCCUUCCCCGCUCCUCCCACCGCUAGAGUGUGUUUCAUGCAACAAAAUCUCUCUCUGAUCGUUUCUUGUUUUGAUUUUAAUGUUCAAUGCAUCAAGUGUUUGUUUAUGUAACUGUGAAUUUUUGCUUGUUUUUCCAUUUUAUGCGAUCUGUUUUGUCUAUUUUUGCUACUGUUAUUAUUUUCCAAUGUAUAAGAUGUACUGGCGGAAAAAUAUGGCUGUAAUGUUUUUGCACAAAGUUAUAAAUAUUGUUUAAAUGCUUAAAAUGAAUUUUACUGCAGAGAAUCGUAGUUAAAUUGUGCUCCACUGCACUGAGUCAUUGUGCUGUAAUAUUAAAUGAGCUAAAUAUAUAUUUAAUAAAUAUAACUAUAAUCAGAGAGUAAACAGUUACCUUGCGCAACUGUGUCAGGUCGUAGGAUUUUUGUUAAAAUAAUUAUCGUAAUAUAAAAUGUUUCUUAAAUACUAAGCUGAAACAUCAAGUAGCAAAAUUACAGUUUUUAACUAUAAAACUGUUAGAAUAAAAAGCAAAUAAACUUCUGAUGUCAUUCUAUUCUUAUUAUUUAUAUAAAUUUGUUUAAAAUGUGUUUGCUAAUAAGAGAAGAAAGCAUAUGUUUCAUAAGGAAUGUUUUCUAAUCGAACAAUUUCUUAUUUUUCAACUGGAAAAUGUUUUUGAGAUUGUUCCUUAAAAAAAAAAUGCAGUAAAAGUACUGUUAUUUAAAUAGUACGCAAUCCCAUUUGUAAAGAUAUUAAGGUUUGAAAUUUUUAAAGAAAUAGUUGAAGAUUAUUAAUUUAAAAAGAGUAGUGCUGCCAUCUAUAUGUGUAAUUUGAAACUAUUUCGCAAGAAUGGCUGGUGCUGCCAUCUAUUUAACUCUAUUGUAAUUCAUUAUCUUUUAACCUACUUUCAUUUUUAUUUUUAUGACUGGUCGCUAGUGCAAAUUUGUGUCAAUCAUGAGCAAAUUUUCGAGGAAAAGUGGUUCAUGAUACUUGUAUUUUAAUUGUAUAUAAAUAUUAUGAAUGAUAAUGUGCAUGUAUUUGUUGAGAGCAAAUGUGCAAUUUAUUUGUAUAAAGAUGGACUGUUAUUGAGUGACUGUUAACUUUAUAACUAAGCGACUGUUGUGUAUAUACGAUGUGAUGUUAAAUGUGUUUUUUUCAUUUUUCAGUAUUUAAUUGUAAUUAGCUUCGAGUUUGACGUUUUGUCCCAGUGAAUUAUUUACUCUUACUGUAAUGCUAAUACAAUGAAGAUUUUUCUGACUUGUCUUUUAUUCUUGACUUUUUUGUUACUUAUUGAAAUGAGUCAUCAUAUUUUCCUGUAAGACUGCUUUUACAUUUUUGUAAUUACUGAAAAAAUAAAAAAAAAUGUUUUAAUGAGUUUCACAUCCA